CUUGGAGCUGGAAGAGAGAAGGACCAAGUCAUACUCUGGAAGAAGCCCCGUGCCUUCAGAUGUUUUUCUGCCUGACCGUUGACAUGGCUCUCCUCAUCCUGCUGUUCCUGCUGCCAAGCCCCUUACAUUCCCAUCCCACUUGUGAUCUCUCCAAAGCCACCAGCUUGCUGGAAGUCAACUGUGAGAACCAGGGGCUCACAGCAUUGCCUAUGGAUCUACCAGCAGACACAGGCAUCCUCCACAUGGGCAAGAACAAACUGGGUACCUUCUCCACAGUAUCCCUGGUGAAUUUCACUCACCUCACUAAGCUGGACCUGGAGGAGUGUGAGCUGACCAGCCUGCAGACUGAUGAGGAACUGUCCAAGCUGGAUAACCUGAAAUUAUCCCACAAUAAACUGCAAAGUCUGCCCUCCCUAGGCCGGGCACUGCCUGCACUCACUAUCCUUGACCUCUCCUUCAACCAGUUGGAAUCACUGUCUCCUGGUGUCCUGGAAGGUCUAAGCCAACUCCAGGAGCUCUACCUGCAGAACAAUAAUCUGAGGAGUCUGUCCCCUGGACUCUUGAGGUUCACCACCAAGCUGAACAAACUCAAUCUGGCCAACAACAAACUGUGUGACCUACCUGCUGGGCUCCUAGAUGGGCUAGAAGAUCUUGACGCCCUCUACCUUCAAGGGAACCGGCUUCAUACAAUCCCAAAGGGCUUCUUUGGGACCCUCCUCUUGCCUUUUGUUUUUCUCCAUGGCAACAUCUGGUAUUGUGAUUGUGAUAUCCUCUACCUCCGCCACUGGCUCCAGCAAAAUUCCCACAAUGUCUACUUAUGGAAUGAGGGUGAGAAUGUCAAUUCCUUGAGCCCUAAUGUGGCCAGUGUACGAUGUGCCAAUUUAGGCUCCACACCUGUCUACUCCUACCCAGGGAAGGGCUGCUCUACCAGUGGUGAUAGGGAUAUAGAUUAUGAUGACUCUGAUAAUUUCUCUGAUCUACCUGUUACAAGGGCUGAGGUCAAGUUCUCUACUAACACCAAAGCCCAUACUACCCACGGGGGCCUUCUCUUAGAGUCUCCUGCUUCUCCAGACAGCCAAACGCCUUCUUACAAUCCAACACACAAACCCACUAUAUAGAUCCCAGGAUUCACCACACUCCCACAGACCAUGAAAUCCAUUGUAUGCUCUUCUAUUCUAAUACCCAAAACUAUACCUACCCAUCAUCACACCAUUCACCCUACAGCCUACCUUUACCCUGACUAGCUCAGAGCCCAGUACCACACCAAAGCUUACCACCUCCACUCUGACUAUGCCAGAGCCCAACACAUCCACCCUGGGUAUCUGGGAGGCCAGCAUCAACCUAGUGUCCACCACCUCCACCCUAAAUACCCCAGAGCCCAGCAGCACUACCCCAACCACCCAAGAGCCCAUCACCAUCCCAACCACUCCAGUGUCCACCAUCACCCCAGUGUUCAUGACCACAUGGGUGUCUACCCCAAGUGAGACCCUUUCAGAACUAUUUUUUUUU